AGUGAGCGUCAAUGGUCGAAAAUAAGACCGGAAGUUCCUUGGGGGUGGCGUUAAAAACUAUGAGCACGACCGUUGGCAAAUUAUUAUUUUUUUCAGUUACAGUGUAUACAUAGUGUAUACACACUAUCGCGCGCUAUUUUAUCGCGCGCUAUUUUUUGUAUAGCAGUUGCAAUAUGGUACAAACGACGCGACACAGUUCAUGUAAACCAAUGCUGUCUUAUUUUGAAAUUUGCCACCGGAAACAUGCCAAUUCACGUUCGCCGUCUUGACGCGAUAGCCAUUCGGCAGAGAGAAAGGAGCUGGAGAGUAACGGGAACUCGGCUGCUUUGGAAAUUAAAUUAAAAUAGAGGGAAAACGGCGACGAAAGCGGAUACCCGGGACCUAAAACAGGCUGGUAGUAUUUGCUUCCCAUGUUUGGGAUAAUAGAUGGUGAAGUCCCUAAUUAAAGAAGAGGCAAAGACCAGGCUGAAGAUGCUUCCCAUUCUCUUCCUGGAUCUACUUCUUCACAAGCUUAGCUUAGUUUAGAGCAUUUUUCCUCCAGCGUCUUAAUAAUACCGAGACUGCAAGAGAGGAGACCAGAAACACAUAAACGUUCACAUCCUUUUAUUGCCUCUUGUUCCUCUCCUGGCAGAGCCAGCUUAGUGAGAUUUUUGGCACAGCCCCAAUAUUUGCUACCACAUUAUUGAAACCAUGGCAAACAUGUGCCCUUAUGGCCAUUUCACCCACGCCGUGGUGAGGGGCAUUCCAGAGACCUUUGGAAAGAAAGCAGGGGACAGCCAGGAGAACGGGGAGGUUUCGGUGGACCUGGCCAAAGCUCAGCGUCAGUUCGGUUGCCUGACUGGAGCGUUGAGGCAGAAGGUGGGCCUGCAGCUGAUCGAGAUCCCCCCUGACCCCGAGCUGCCAGAAAGCUGGAAGAUAGAGGAUGUGGCUGUCAUCCAGGGAGACACGGCGCUCAUCACCAGGCCCUUCAAAGAGCAGAGACAAAGCGAGGUGGAGGCGGUGAGGAGGGUGAUGUCGGAGCUCAACCUGACUGUGGUGGAGAUGGACGGAGAGCAGGGCGACUCUGUAGGUGCCACGCUGGAGGGCAGCGACAUCCUCUUCACGGGGAGGGAGUUCUUUGUCGGCAUCUCCUCCCACACCAACCGCAGAGGGGCGGAGGUUCUGGCAGACACCUUCAGGGACUUUGCCGUGUCGACUGUCCCCGUCUGUGAUGGAGCCCGACUGAAAAACAUCUGCUCCAUGGGAGGCCCAAACACCAUCAUCUUCAGCAACAGUGAUGGGGCCAAGAAGACACUCCGGAUGAUGGAACAGCUGACUGAUCACCACUACGAUGUGCUCACCGUCCCAGAGGAGUUGGCAGCAAACUGCAUUUACAUCAAAGGUCUGUCCAAACGGGACUUCCUGCUGCACCGACCAGCAGACGAAUGCCCUGACAGCGUUUCUGCCUUCCAGAAGCUGCAGGACUACACCCUCCUGCCGACAGCCUGCAGCGAGGCCUCCAAGCUGGGAGCGUCUCUGUCCUCAUUCUGCCUCCUUGUCAACAGAAAGCAUACAUAUUUCUGAAAACACGCCCACGCCACUCAGCAUUUAUCUGCAGGUGUUCGCAGUGGUGGGGGUAGUGAUACUAAUGUGCAGUAUUUUGAGACAGAACCAGCCACCUAAUUUACUGCACCACUACCCCCUCUGCUGAACGAACAGCGCUGCACAAUGUCCUUAAAUCUACUCAUGAAACCACUAGAUGAAGCUGUAGUUUUGCACUGUUCCAACUCUUUCACAGUUCACCAAAGUAAAACAGUAACCCCACAGGAAAGAGUCUUCACUGCAAGUUUCAUUCUGUAUAUAUGCAGAUGUUCAUUACGUUUUUAGACCAAAGUGUGAAGGAAAAGCCAAAGGCAACAAUCAGCCCAACAUUUUUUUAACUUUUCUCACCAAAUUGAUGUAAUCUAGAUCCAGUAAAGGGGCAUUACGUCUGCUUUCCAGAAAUCUGAUGUCUCUUAACAUUACUGCUUGUGAUAGUCCCCUUUAAAUGUUUUCUUGGCUAACCUAAGACUUGGUGCCCACAUUUACUACAGUGUACAGCUUUCAUAUCCACAUUUCAGUACUUGGGUAUUAACUGUUUUUAAAUUGCAGACCAUCUGUAGCUGCUAGGUGAUGAUUCAGAUUUGAUUUAGCUUUGCAGUGUAUGAAUUUGUCCCAAGUGUAGAAAUAUUAAAAUCCAGCUUCUAACUUUUAGUGAUACUUUUAUUCCUGUGUAAUUCAACUGCCAGUUCUUUAGGUACAUCCGGCUAAAAUAAAUGUAAAUCCAGUCUUUUCAUUUAUUUUCUACUUGUCCAAUUCAGAAUCUCAGUGGGGCAGCAGCCUAUCCCAGCUGUUAGCGAAACCUUGGAUUGAUCACCAGUCUAUCGCAGGGAGAGUACAGACGUGCAACCCCACAUUCACACCUAGGACCAAUUAUGGGAGACUUGCAGAAAACAAACGCAUGCAUUGAAAGACACCAGCUAAUCAAUGGUAUCAAAUCUGGCACCUUUUGGGGAGGCUACAGUGCUGA